CAUCAACCAAUCAGGAGCCUGCUCCAUCGUAUCUUUUAUGCUAUCACUUGGCUUUGUGAUAAGAUAUCAUCUUUAUCGGAUGGUGUACGAACAGUGUCCUUUGUAAUAUUGAGGAAAAUGUACUUUCUACGUGAUGUACCAGGAGUCUUAGUGAUAUUAUGCGCGUUAUUUUUCUCGGCUCACGCAGCGAGCGAAGGAGACGAUGACAAAGGGGGUCCGUGUGAGAUAUUUGUGCAGGAUGUCAACAAUCUCACGCUGAACUGCUCUCGGCGACACAUUGAUAAAAUACCAACGUGGCCGGCUACUUUAGAAACACAAGGAAAAGAAGAUGGGCACGUUCGAAUAACCUUCUUCAAUAACAGCAUAUCCAACGUGACCCAACUGGCUCCGGUGCCCGGAAAUCGGAUAGCAAUAAGCUUCAAAUCGAACAAGAUCGUUGAGAUUGAGGACGAUGCCUUCAGGAACCUGGAUCACAUGGUUUAUCUAGAUCUGAGUAACAAUUACAUUUCAGGUGAAGUGUUGAGAAGCGAAAUUUUCCAGGGAUCGUACAAAGACGGUGUCUACAGUGAUAUAGAUUUGGAGACGCUGAACUUGGGGUACAACGAGAUCCACUCGCUGGACAAAUACUUGUUCCAGCACACGCCGAACCUGACCAGACUCUACAUCAACAAUAACCCGAUAGAGAUACUGGAUCACGUCACUAUAUUGGCUCUAUCUAGUGCUAAGAAGCUAGAGGUCCUGGAUCUGUCCAAGACUGACAUUGACAACAUUCCGCUGGAUGCGUUCAGAGGUCUGUCGUACCUGCGCCAGAUCGACCUCUCCGGAAACUUCUUCCUGAACGUCCCGGAGAGCUUAAGCCUGGUGGGAGAUUCGCUGCAGUACCUCACAUUCAACAACAACCCCCUUGUGGAACUGAAUGACGACAGUUUUGUGGGAUUGUCAAACUUAGUUGAAUUGGAAGUUGGCGAAAAUGAAAACUUGGAAGAGGUGAAGCGGAGCACGUUCUCCCCAUUGAAAAGCCUCAGGGUUCUACACAUGUGCCACAACAAGAACCUGCGGUACAUCAGCCACAACGCCUUCAGAGGGCUUAAGGAUAAGUGGACACUGAAGGAGGUAUAUUUAGACGACAACAAUUUGAGUGAGCUAUCAACAGAUUUGAUGCCGUGGAACAAGUUGGAAACAUUGGGCAUGACCGGCAACAGUUGGCUUUGCAACUGCGACCUAGCUAAUAUUAUCACUAAACAAAAUGCCGGCACUAAGUUUAGGACUGGAGAAAUACCUUAUUGUGCAGCACCUAUGAGAUUAAGUGGAUCCUAUAUAACAAAUAUAAGUGUCUCCUUCUGUCCACAAUUCGACACCACCUUUGCACCAAAACGAGGAUUUUCCAUUUCUGACUUAAAACCUAAACAUAUUAUUUGGAGUAUUUUAGGUGUAGCUACUAUAGUUGGAAUCGGAAUGAUAUGUGGCUUAUUAGUCAACACUGCCAAGGCAUUUUAUAAGAAAACCUUUAGAAGCCAGCCAAUCCGUUAUGUAAAUAUUUCAGAGACAUUUGCAUAGUUAUAAAAUCAUUUAUUUGUAAUAAUAGUAAGCAGUUUAGGUCAUCAAAGCAAUAUUAUAAUAAAUUAUAGAGAUAAUAAAUGUUUUGUUAGAACAAA